AUGGCUUCGUUUAUUGUUUCGGUAAGGGAGGAUUUUAAAAAUAGACUUUAAGUACUAGUUCUGAUACAGUACAAAGUACUAGUACUCAUACGGUAUCAGAAAAUAUAACAUUGUUAUUAUAGUUAAAUUUUUAUAGUGCUAAACAUUUAUAGGGCUAAACAUUUUAGUAAAAGAAGAAAAAAAUCAAUUUUGAGUCGCCAUUCUUUUUGCAUUAAAAGUAAAAGCUUUUUUAAUUUUAAAAAUUUUAAUUUUUAACUCUUUGCUACUAGUACUCAAUUAGUAUUGGACAAUAUAGUAUUGUUAUCACUAUUGGGCUGAGCUUUUCAAUAAAAGAAGAAAAAGUCUAUUUCAAUGCGCCAUUCUUUUCGCAUCAAAAAAAUUAAAAAAAUUUUUUUUUUAAGUUUUCAAUGCCUCAAAAUUUUAAAAUUUAAAAAGAAAGUAAAAUUUUAGAUGACGCGCCAUUCUUUAUCGCAUCAAAAAAAUUUUUUUUAUUUUUAAUUUUUUUUUAAUUUUAAGCCCCCAGAAGUCAAAAUUUAAUUUUUUUCGAAACUUUAAAACAAAAAAAAAUUUCAGUCCAACAACAGCCCUUCUUUUGCAUCGACAUGCCCUACGUUUUCUCCAGGAAAAUCGGAGAAAAUCGACGGAUCUCCAGAAGUGCAAAGCCCCAAAAAGAAGUUUUGUGCACCACAUUGGCUGGAUCAAGUUAGAGAUCUGGACAUUUUCCAUGGUCGAUUAUCCAAGUUCAGAGCGAAUCGAUUACUCAAAAAGAAUGGAGAUUACUUGCUCAGGAGUGCUAUGGACAAACGAGAUGGGGUAGGUUUUUAAGGUUAUCUCAGGUGGGAUAAGGCAAUAAUUUUUAUAGAGUAGAGCAGGGAAUGUAACACAAGCUAGGAAUAUUGCUAGGGAAGGUAUGAUAAUAGUAAAGUAUAGUGUGAACUCUGGGGAUGAAGUAUAUUAGUAGAGUAGGGUAGGAUAAGAUAGGAUAGGGUAGGGUAGGGUAGGGUAGGGUAGGGUAGGGUAGAGUAGGGUAGGGUAGGGUAGGGUAGGGUAGGGUAGGGUAGGGUAGGGUAGGGUAGGGUAGGGUAGGGUAGGGUAGGGUAGGGUAGGGUAGGGUAGGGUAGGGUAGGGUAGGGUAGGGUAGGGUAGGGUAGGGUAGGGUAGGGUAGGGUAGGGUAGGGUAGGGUAGGGUAGGGUAGGGUAGGGUAGGGUAGGGUAGGGUAGGGUAGGGUAGUAUCUUUACAAACUUUUACAUUAUAUUGUACUAAGUAUUACCUAAUAACUAUCAUAUUAGUAGUAGUAGUUUACCUAUAUCUUUUCAGUUCUUAAAACUAGUGUUAUCAGUGAAAUGUGAUGAAAAGCAUUACCAUUUCUUGAUCAAAGAAAGCUUCGGUCUCUACAGAGUAGGCACAUCCUACUUCCAAUCAAUCCCAUCACUAUUAGCCUAUCAUCAGAACAGUGGAGAGCCAGUCCAACGACAGUCCACCUGUAUAUUAACCAGGCCUGUCCUAACAGGCUUAUCAGUCCAAUCAUAUGAGGAGAUCUGUCUGAAAGAGAAAGAGAAUCCUACAAAGCCUCAGACCUUGGGAAUAGAACCAUACACAGCCGAGGACAAGGACAUGCCCGAGAUACUGACCCACUUCCUGAACGUCCUAUUGGCCAGCAUCGGAAUCACUUUCUUAUAUCUUGUUCUAUAUUAUUGA